AUGUCUCGAGGGGACAAUGAGAAGCAAAGCACACCGAGGGGUGAUGUUGCUAUCGAAGACCAGCCAAAGAUCCCUAGAGAAUGGCGAGCCUGGGCUUGUCUCGCCGGGUGUUUUUUCCUCAUGUUCAACAGCUGGGGCAAUGUCAAUGCCACCGGAACCUACCUCUCAUACUACAAGCAACAUCUACUAGCAGAUUCGAAUGACAUACUUCAAAAUCUCAUCGGUGCAACACAGUGCUUUUGUGUGCUUGGUCUAUCCGGAAUCGUUGGCCGACUCUUGGAUGCAGGAUACAGCCGACAACUUCUCGGCGUUGGCGGACUGCUCACUUUCGUUGGCAUGCUCACUCUCGGCUUCGUAGGCGGGGACGGAUACAACGAGGGUAACUACGGUCUCGUAUGGCUCACCCAAGGCUUCAUCGCCGGGUGUGGGAUGGGCUGUCUAUUUGUCUCAAGCUCACAGAUUUGCUCAACGUGGUUCCCGCGCAUGAAGGGUCUUGCUAUCUGUAUUGUGGCGUCAGGAGCCAGUAUCUCUGGUCUUAUCUACCCUGUUAUGAUCAAAGAACUCCUGAUCCAGGUCGGCUUCAACAAUGCUGUGCGCUAUGUCGCCGCCGUGUUUGCGGCGACGCUGCUCUUCUCGUUCAUCUUCGCUCGACCCAAUCCUGCUUGGCACUUGCGCAAGCCCGAGCGCUGGACUGACAGCAAGGUCUGGGUGGACAAGAAUGCAUUCAAGAACAGGUCGUACGUGUUCUUUACGGCGUCGAUCUCUAUGCUAUUUCUGGGAUUUUAUCCAGUAUUCUUCAAUCUCGAGGAGUGGGCCGCUUCAGAAGGACUUGGUGUCAAGGACAGAGUUCCAGGUGGAUUUCAAAAUAUCGACCUGGGUGAAGAAGAGGUUGCUGGCGAUGCCAUCCGAACUUUCUAUCUUCUGGCAGUCAUGAAUGCCUCUAGCACGAUCGGACGUCUUGGAGCUGCAUUCCUGAGUGAUUGGAUGGGCGCUCUGAACCUGCACAUCGUCGCUACAUCUGUCAUCGCCAUCUUGGUCCUCUGCUUCUGGACCUUGAUCAACAACACAGCCGGCGCCAUCGGCUUCGUCGUCAUAUUCGGCAUCUUCUCAGGCACAGUCAUCGGCCUGCCCCCAGCUUCCACAGCCUACAUCCUCGAGCAGUCCGGCGCCCAGCAAUCCCGUCUCGGGCAAUGGGUCGGCAUGAUGUAUACCGCUGCGGCAAUCCCGUCACUCAUCGGGCCCAUUGCCGCCGGCGCUCUCGUCCAAUCCUUCAACGACUACCUAACUGUUCAGCUUUGGGCCGGCGUCUGUUUCGUGCUUUCCGCACUGCUGAUGGGCCUGUCCCGCUGGUUCCUUAACGGCGAAAUUCGCAAGAGGAAGCUGAGCGAGGGAGCCAUCGUCGGCGACGAUGUCGAGGGCCAUCCGAAUGUUCUCAGGAGCAUGACCAUGACCAGCGGCACGCUCACUGCUGUGCAGACUCCACGCCGAUCGGUCGACGAGGAGAACAAGGACGACGAGGAUGAGACGACGGAGAACACGAACCACAACCGACGACACCUUGAAGCCGCUGCAUGA